AUGGCCUCCACUGGAAAGCCUCCCCUAGACGAUUCCCGUCGAACGACGGGGUCGCCCAAAAUGAAGACUCGAGAGAACGCGAAAGACACGUUAUGUCGCAAUGUCACCAUCUAUGGCCGGUGUCGAUAUGAAGACAAAGGCUGCGCGUUCAACCAUGAUCCUUUGAAGGUGGCGGCAAAUCAAGCCGAAAGCAAUAAGAAACGAUUCAAUGUGGACUCGCCAAGCUUUACACCAUCUCUCCUAUCCGGCAAUGGCGCAUCUGCUCCCAAGAAAUCAACCACCAUCUCUCCGAAAGCCGCCAGUGCGGCUCCUUUUCAGCCCCGUACUGCGGCUGCGUCGCGUUCCAACACAAGCACCCCAACGGCGCGACAAGAAGCAGGGACGCCCGACUGGACAGUCGCGGAGGUGCAAGAGUUCGUUCCGCAAGGAUUUGAGGGGGCGCACGUGGCAUCUCUUCAGGGCAACGGAAAUGGCGCUAUCGCUGCCUCGGGUGCCUUCGACCCUUUUGUGUCUGCCUCCACGCCCUUAUCUGCGGCAGGGGGUGUUGGGCCAGUUUCCAACCCAUACUCUCAUGACCCAGCUGCCCUGGCUGGGGGAGCUUAUUUUGCCAAUCAAACAGGCUUUCAGCAACCUGUUCAAUAUCAUCUUUAUGCUCCUAUUGGGCCUCACAACCAGAACACAUUGGGCUAUCAACGAAACGUCCACGACAUAUUUCUUCCUACUGAUUUCCGUGAAGAGUUACAGAAGAAGGCUGCAGCUACCCUUCAAACCCUCCCCAACACCCAACUACCCGCCCAGGUCGACUAUUUCCACUCCCUCGUUCCAUUAGAUCUCAGUCACCAAAAGAAUGCUGCAACCUUCGGCUAUCCCAGCUGGGUUUAUAAAGCACAGUCCAGUAAAGAUGGGAAUUUUUAUGCUCUGCGGAGACUGGAAGGAUUCCGACUGACCAAUGAGAAAGCCAUUCGCUCUGUCCAAGCCUGGAAACGCGUGUGCAAUGGAAGCGUGGUGACUGUUCACGACGCCUUCACCAGCCGAAGUUUCCAGGAUAGUUCACUAAUCUUCGUGACGGAUUACCAUCCCCUGUCAAAGACGCUUGCCGAGCAACACCUAGGCACCGGAAACCGCUUUCAGGGUCGUCAUAAUACCCACAUCCCUGAGCAGGUUCUCUGGGGCUACAUGACUCAGAUCGCAAAUGCGCUCAAAGCCAUCCACACCAAUGGUUUGGCUGCGAGAGUUUUGGAGGCGGGUAAAGUCCUCCUGACUGGAAAGAAUCGUAUCCGCCUGAAUGCGUGUGCUAUACUGGAUGUAGUCCAGUUUGACACGCAGCGGACCGUGGCGGACCUUCAACGCCAAGAUUUAGUCAAUUUCGGGCAAUUGAUCGUCACACUAGGUGCCAAUCAACCCAACGUCAUGCACAAUCCAACCAAGGCCAUGGAACACUUUACUCGUGCUUAUAGCCCCCAGAUGAAAAACUCAGUCUUUUGGCUGUUGAAUGGAUUGCAGAAAGACCAGGAUCGUACCAUCGACGUCUUCAUCACUGGCAUUUCGUCCCAGCUGAUGUCCACAUUUGACUCGGCGCUUCACUUAGAUGAUCAACUCACCUCCGAUCUCUGCCGUGAGCUCGAAAAUGGCCGACUUGUGCGCCUGGUGACGAAGAUGAAUUUUGUGAACGAACGUCCCGAAUACGAACACGACCGGCAAUGGUCCGAGAGUGGAGAACGCUACUUUUUGAAGAUCUUCCGAGACUAUGUCUUCCACCAGAUAGAUGCUUCAGGUGAUCCCGUUGUUGACCUCGGACAUGUGCUGUCUUGUCUGAAUAAACUCGAUGCCGGCUCUGACGAGAAGAUCACUCUGGUGAGCCGCGAUGAGCAGAGCUGCUUCAUUGUCAGCUAUAAGGAGAUCAAGAAGGCUCUGGAGUCCUCCUUCCAGGCGUUGAUGAAGCCGACCCGAAGGAUGCAUUAA